GAUCACAGAGCUCCACUAGAUGGCGCUAGAUCACUGGCGCAACACACCGAGCCGCACGCCACGGACGCUGUGAUGAAUUCAGCUGCUCUCUCAUCGCUCGGACGCCUCAACUCCAUUUCUCUAACUGCAGCAAAGACGUUGCCAAAACCCAGUUGCAACCAGUAUGUGGAAGGAGGAUUGUGACAAAUCACACCAUGAUUUAAUCCAGAAAUGAUGAGCGACGGUCCGGCGCGUUGUCCAGUUGUUGUGUCGCUCUGGCGGAUGGGAAGUUGUGAGUCAAAGCCGGAGGACCAGCAACUUUUAUAGACUUUUAAUAAGUCCACUGCGUGCAAGUAGCCAGCAGCCCCGAUUUAGACUUCUUUCACUCAGGGAUUGUGCGUGUGAAGAGCUUUGACAGUAGAGCGGUGUUUUUAGGUUAUGUGCUGUCGAGGGCGUCUCGAAGCGACAAGGAAAUGGCAUUUCUCUGAAGAAGAGCUCUCUGGCUUCUGUGGUUGACAAUGGAGAAUAAAUGAAAGGGACGUUUCCCGGGAUAAACUGACAGCACAGCGACAGAAUGCGGGAGAGGGACCUACAGAGCAUGUGCAGAAGGGCACUGCUGCUGACUGUCUGUAUGGUGUCUCUCUGGGGACAACUGACAAGCGCAUCGUCACACAGAAGCCACAUAGUUCAUGUGAAAGCGGGAACCUGUGAGGUAAUUGCUGCACACCGAUGCUGCAACAAGAACAAGAUCGAAGAGAGAUCCCAGACUGUCAAAUGCUCCUGCUUCCCUGGACAGGUGGCGGGAACAACAAGAGCGGCUCCAUCUUGUGUAGACGCAUCCAUAGUUGCACAGAAGUGGUGGUGCCAGAUGCAUCCCUGCAUGGAUGGUGAAGAGUGUAAAGUGCUGCCAGAUCUCAAAGGGUGGAGCUGCAGUACAGGAAACAAAGUUAAGACAACCAAGGUCACACGAUAGUCAUCUCUUUCCAGGAUCCACUAGUUUGGAAUCAAACUUUAUUUGUCUAACCAACAUCGUAGGACAUUUGGAUAUCAUGUGUUUUGAGGAUCAGUGGAAAUCAAGGGACCAACAAGGACAAUUAUUACAGACAUUCCACUGAAUGCAUGGAGGAAAGGGAACAGGGGUCAUCAUAUAAGACUGCAUAGCCAAAAAGAUUCCUGACUUUAGAUCCAGUAUCCACAGUAGCUGUCUCUGAACUCUACUGGCCACAAAAUCUCUCUUUGUAUUAUAGUUUUAUUCCUAUGGACUAGAAGGCUCAACAUGAAGAUAUUUAUUGAGUAAAAGACUAUGGAUUACACCAGAAAAAACGUCACCCUUAAAACUAAACCGUGUGAUGUGAAACAUCUGUGUUAUUUUCUUGUCACAAAGAGCUCUAGGACUCUUGAUUAAUAUCUGUGUUUAAGAUCUAGUGAGAUCAUUUGCAUUUUCAUUCGUUUUAGCCUUAUGGAGCAGAUAUCCUUUUUUUGUUUCUUUUUGAUUGAUUUGAAACUAUCAAGUGUUUGGCUUUCUUGAGUUUAUUAGGAUGUCGAGUCUUCCUUUCAAAGACAAAAGAUGAUGCCACAACAAUAAAACCCAGAAAAAAAUGUAAAGUUGUUUGACUGGAAGUCACCAAGGGUCAACACAACUGAGUUCUGCCAAAAUGUUUUAAUGGUAUCUGUUGUUUUUGAAGCCUGUUGACUAUCAUUUAUUACAAAUGUCAGUAUUAUAUCAAUAAAUCUAACUCAAUGGAUAUCACUGUAUGGUAAAAA